AUGGGGAUGAUGGGGAUGAUAGGGGUGAUGGGGAUGAAGGGAGUGAUGGAGAUGAUGGAGGUGAUGGGGAUGACGUGGAUGAAGGGGGUGAUGGGGAUGAUGGGGGCGAUGGGGAUGAUGGAGAUGAUGGGGGUGAUGGGGAUUAAGAGAAUGAUGAAGAUGAUGGAGAUGAUGGGGGUGAUGGGGAUGAAGGGGCUGAUGGAGAUGAUGGGGAUGAUGGGGGUGAUGGGGAUGAAGGGGGUUGAUGGGGAUGAUGGGGGUGAUGGGGAUGAAGGGGCUGAUGGAGAUGAUAGAGAUGAUGGGGGUGAUGGGGAUGAUGGAGAUGAUGCGGGUGAUGGGGAUGAAGGGGCUGAUGGAGAUGAUGGGGCUGAUGGGGAUGAAGGGGCUGAUGGAGAUGAUGGAGAUGACGGGAAUGAUGGGGGUGAGGGGGAUGAUGGGGGUGAUGGAGAUGAUGGAGAUGAUGGAGAUAAUGGGGAUGAAGGGGGUAAUGGAGAUGAUGGCGAUGAUGGGUGUGAUGGGGAUGAUGGAGAUGAUGGGGAUAAUGUGGAUGAUGUGGAUGAUGGAGAUGAUAAAGAUGAUGGGGAUGAUGGGUGUGAUGGAGAUGAUGGGGAUGAGGAGGUUGAUGUGGAUGAUGGAGACGAUGGGGAUGAUGUGGAUGAUGUGGAUGAUGGAGAUGAUGAAGAUGAUGGGGGUGAUGGGGAUGAUGGAGAUGAUGGGGGUGAUGAGGAUUGA